GUGCCAGGCAUCUGGAGAGAGAGAGAGCGGAGUCCUGCUCUGGGCUGUAUCCCAGCACUAUACCAUCUCCUCACUCCGGGAAACAAAACCAACAAACAAAACAAAAAUACUACAAACAUAACACGAUCAGCCGAGGGUGAAGAUCAUUUACGACCUAGUUGAGAGGAAAAUCUAUGUGAACAUUUUUUGAACCUUUGAGUAAAGCAAUGUACCAAGUCAUAAUUUAAUUUUGUAUUUAUGUUCCAGGGCAGCUUUGCAGUAAAAAAAAUUGUUUGGACUUUUCUGGAAAAUUAGUGAAGUACAAUUUAAUUUGAGAGAACCGUUAUAAAAAAAGAUAAUGUGGACUUUCCUGGGAAUUGCGACUUUUACUUAUGUCUAUAAGAAAUGCGAUGGCUUACUGAGCGUGAGCUACGCUAACAAGGAGGUGCUCGGGGCAUUCCUGAUCUUUUUCUCCCUAGGCUUGAUCCUGUCCUAUCGAUACAGAUACGGACAAGGGAAGGGCAGAAAGCAACCUUCAAACCUGGGGUUCAUCUCCCAACUUCUCUCAGCCCUGCCCCUGGCAAGCUCCCUCUUCAGCGGGUCCACAGACUCCAUCAAUACCGAGCAAGGCAAGCCCAAGAAAAUGAAGCUCAGUUUCUCAGAGUCUGUUCAGACAGAAAACUCUCCAGGCACCAAGAUUUUUUCCCAGUCUGAUCCAGAGAUCAUUAUUGUGGGCUCUGGCGUCCUUGGAUCUGCGUUAGCUGCUGUCCUUGCAAGGGAUGGAAGGAACGUGACAGUGAUCGAGAGAGACCUGAAGGAACCAGACAGAAUUGUUGGAGAGUUGUUGCAGCCUGGGGGAUAUCGUGCAUUAAAAGCACUUGGUCUUGAAGGUGCUGUUGAAGGUCUUGAUGCCCACAUCAUAAAAGGUUAUGUCAUACACGACAUGGAAAGCAAGACAGAGGUGGAAGUCCCUUAUCCUCUGGAUGAAAGCAAUCAAGUGAAAUAUGGGACAGCAUUUCACCAUGGACGUUUCAUCAUUGGUCUCAGAAAUGCAGCCAUGGCAGAACCCAAUGUGCGAUUCAUUGAAGGAACAGUGACACACUUACUGGAGGAGGAUGGAAAAGUCACAGGAGUUCAAUACAAAGAGAAAGAAAGUGGUGAUAUAAAGGAACUCUAUUGCCCAUUGACUGUGGUUGCUGAUGGACAUUUCUCCAAGUUCAGGAAAAACUUAGUGAAGAACAAAGUCAAUGUCUCAUCACAUUUCGUUGGGUGCAUUAUGAAGGACUCACCACAAUUCAAACCGAACCAUGCUGAACUUGUUCUUGCCAACCCUAGUCCUAUUCUUAUCUAUCAAAUUUCAUCCAGUGAAACACGGGUAUUAGUGGACAUCAGAGGGGAAAUGCCAAGACGCCUUAAAGACUAUAUGAUUGAGAAAAUCUAUCCGCAGCUUCCAGAACAUAUAAAAGAGCCAUUCCUACUGGCAGUUCAGAAUGAUCGUCUGCGGACAAUGCCAGCAAGCUUCCUUCCGCCUUCACCAGUGAAUAAACCAGGUGUGCUGCUUUUGGGUGAUGCUUAUAACAUGCGCCAUCCUCUCACAGGGGGUGGGAUGAGCGUUGUACUGAAUGAUGUAAGGAUAUGGAAAUAUCUCUUGCACGACAUUCCAGAUCUCCAUGACAAUGAAGCAUUGCUAAAGGCCAAGAAGAAAUUUCAUUGGACACGGAAGAAGUCCCACUCAUUUGUAGUGAAUGUCCUGGCUCAAGCACUGUAUGAGCUAUUUGCUGCUACAGAUGAUUCCUUGCAUCAACUCCGGAAGGCUUGCUUUCAUUAUUUCAAACUGGGUGGACAGUGUGUGACAGGACCAGUGGGUCUCUUAUCAGUGCUAUCUCCUGAACCAAUGACUCUGAUUAGACACUUCUUUGCUGUGGCACUCUACGCAGUCUAUUUCUCUUUCAAGAGAGAACCAUGGUACAUGAAACCAAGAGCGUUGUUGAAUGGUACUGUCAUUGUCUAUCGGGCAUGCUCAGUUAUUUUUCCACUCAUUUAUUCUGAAAUUAAAUACCUUGUUUACUGAAUAACAUGAAAACCAUAAAACAAGGAAGAGCAGAAUAUCACACUGAGCCUUUGCAGUAGAUGGACAUUACCUCAUUGUUGUGUCUAAAGAUUGGUACUGUUGUCUAAAGAGUCAAGACCCCUCCUGUGGCCAAUUGAGUAGCAGAAUGUUUGUUAAUAUUACAACAUGCAGUUAUGUGAUAAAACUAUGUAACUGCAAGAUACUUAACAAGCACAUGUUUAUGGUGUACAUAAAAUGACUUGUGUCAUUUAUUGCAAAUCAAACACACUUGAAACAGCGUUGAAUCUGGCUUUUGGCACUCAACUUGCCACAUUGCUGUGAAUGAUGCGCUUUCAUUUAUCAUUCCAAUUGUUCAAAGUCAAACAUCAAUCUAAAACAUUUGAAAAAGUUAUGUCCCCAAACUGAAUGGCUCCCCAAGUAGGGGAAGAGGGGUGAAGAGAAUAGAGAGAAUUAUCUUUACCUGGCUGCAUUUAAACAACAUAUUGUUUGUAAUAAAUAGAAAUUACAUUUGCCUGAUGAUUUCACUACUGCCAAAAUAUCCCAGCUUCAUCAAAUCAGAUCUCAGACACUGAUCAUUCCUUCAAGGCAAUGUGGUCUCAUAACUUCUUAUUAAAAGGUGGGACAAUAUUAAGACCAACAUGGUGCAUCACUGGAAGUAGGAUUUAGAUUUAUAGGUGCUAUUCGACUUGGUGUUAUGGACAAGUUUCACUAAUUCACAAAGAGUUAACUCUGUAUGGUGAUUGGUUUUCGAAGGGACUGUAAAAGCCAGUGGAACCAGUGUUUCAUUAGGAAGAAUAACAUUCGAUCAAUAAUAAUCGAGUUACAGCUGCUGGGCUGAAGCUAGAAGCUUAAAAAGGCAGAUAUAAAGUGUGAUCCAAUAGGCAGGCAGAAAAAAAAUCAAUCAUUUGGUGGGUUUCAAAGUUUCCUCUGUAAAAUGAUUGUUUAUGUGCCUACAUUUUACUUACUUUAUGUACAUAUAUUUUUGAGGGGUAAAUUAUUUACAGUACUGAUUUGUAACUGCUAAAUGUUACUUGUUUCCAAAUUUACUAAACACUGCAGGCACAUCGAGAGAAGGCUAAAUGAAUUUGGUGUAAUUUGUGUUCUGCAGGGUCAAAUAUAUUUAGAUUUGGUUUUGGAUUUUUUUUUGCAUCACUGGUUGAUAAAAUGAAACUUAAUUUGUGCCAAACAGACCACACAUAUUUUCCCUGAAUAGCAUCUUCUUGGUCUAAUGUUUGCAUCUGAAAUUUGUAAACCAUAUUGAAAUGUAUAUUAUGUACAACUGUAAAAGCAGUAAUGAACUUGCCCUGAUGAUAUUUGUCCAUUAUCUUUAACUAUUCUACCAUUAAUA